GACUUGAAUAUGACUGACAAGAAUAGCAAAGCCAAUAACAGAAUGGAUCCUUCCAUUCACAUGUCCUUCAUUGCAUUAUCAUUGCCUUGUGUUACUUUAACAACCUUUUCACAACAAAACAAACAGGUUGGCAAGUUGCGCUCCAGCUUAGUUUCAAAGAGUGUAUUGAUUCCCAGCAGAUGCAAACUCGAUGCUUUCAGAAUACGUCACGGACACAGACCAUCACCUCUUUGGUUGACUUGUCAAGAUUCAAACUCAUCUUCCAAUUGGAGUACACACAAGUUGAGAACUUGGAGUCGCAUUGUUCUAGGGGUUGCUAUACUUUAUGCUAUAGAUAGAUGUUUUGCUUUUACUUUGAAUCGCUUUGCAGUAAACUUCCCCAGUUCGUUGGCUGGAAUGUUGACUAUUUUUAUCCUGUUAUUGGCUUUUCAGAAUAAGAAGUUGGGAUCUCUUUCUAUCAGUCAACAUAUAUUUGAUGGGUUUCUUCCUUCUGUUCAGUUUCUAUCCAGAUGGUUGGCAGUAUUUUUUGUGCCAAACUUGGUCAUGUUACCUCUCUUUCCUGUGAAGGAUCCCUUGGAACUGACGAAAAUGGGUGUCUUAAUUGUCAUUUGUCUAGUCGCCACAUUACUCUUUACAGCAUUUCUUUCUUCAUUUCUAGGUAGGAAAGAGAGUCAGUGGAAGAAGUUGUCUGUUCAGUCUUCAGUUACUUCACUGAAGACCUAUACGAGUCCUCCAAGUGUUUUUAUUAUCUCUUUUUGGAGUUUAAUUAGUAUCUCGAGUGCCAUUGGAUUGUAUUAUCAGAAACGACUAUCUUAUGCAUUCUUUUAUUUGUAUUCUUUAUCGACCACUUUAUCCGGUUUUUGUUUAGGACAGUGGAUUCCAGUUGAGAUGAAAAAGUUUAUCCAUCCUAUCACAUUUUGUACUCUUUUUGCUAUGUUGAGUUUAUUUCUGAUUGCAAAGUGGAUUGCGAUACCUUUUCAUGUUACGCUGAACACUUAUUUAAGAAGAGGAGUUGGAUUGUGGAAGGGAGGUGCUGGCAGUUUAUUAUUGACAUUCUUAUCACCUGCAGUUGUAUCGUUUGCCUUUCAAAUGUAUUCCAGAAAAAAAUUUUUGCAACAAUAUAUGUUUACCUUGUUAUCCAGUUGUACACUUGCUUCAUUGUUCGGACUCUUUAGUACUGCGUAUGUGGCAAAGUUGUUGCAACUUUCUCCCAUUACUCGUGUUUCCUUGAUUCCUCGUUCCAUUACAGUGCCUUUAGCAGUUGCCAUAUCUUCCAUGUUGAAUGGCGAUAUCUCAUUGACUUCUACAGCAGUAGCAGUAACUGGAAUGAUAGGUGCCAAUAUAAACAAGGAAUUGUUAUCUUUGUUAGGUAUCCAUCAAUCUGUUGCUAGAGGAAUAUCUACCGGCGCAAGUGCUCAUGGCUUAGGUACGGCUGCAAUGGCAGAAGAACCUGAAGCAUUUCCUUUUGCUGCCAUAUCGAUGACUUUGGUUGCAACUAUAUCCACUAUUUUGACUAGUUUUCCUUUGAUUCGUCGUUGGUUAUUAUGGGUGGCAGGAAUAUAAAGUGAUCCAAAUACAACAACUUGAA